AUGUCUUCUAUGCGAGGAUUGGUGCAGUUCAUCGCGGACCUUAGGAACGCCCGCGCGAGAGAGCUGGAAGAAAAACGCAUAAAUAAGGAACUCGCCAAUAUACGGCAGAAAUUCAAAGAUGGCGGUCUUAACGGAUACCACAAAAAGAAAUACGUCUGCAAGGUUCUCCUAUAUAUUUACAUUCUCGGAUGGAACGUCGACUUCGGCCAUCUCGAAGCUGUCAGCCUGAUAUCUGCCAACAAAUAUUCGGAAAAGCAAAUCGGCUACCUUGCCGUUACCCUUUUCCUAAACGAAAACCAUGACCUGUUACACCUUGUUGUCAACAGUAUCAAAAAGGAUCUUAUGGACAACAAUGAGCUGUUCAACUGUUUAGCUUUACACGCGAUCGCCAAUGUUGGAGGAAGGGAGAUGGGGGAAGCUUUAAACACCGAUGUUCACCGACUUUUAAUAUCGCCGACUUCGAAAUCUUUUGUGAAGAAAAAGGCUGCUCUCACGCUAUUGAGAUUGUACAGAAAACAUCCUGGGAUAGUACAGGAAACAUGGGCGGAGAGAAUAAUAUCUCUGAUGGAUGAUUCAGAUAUCGGGGUGUGUCUGUCAGUGACCUCGUUGGUCCUAGCCCUUGUGCAGGAUAACCCUGAGCUUUACAAGGGGUGCUACGUCAAAGCAGCCUUUAGAUUGAAGAAGGUAGUUGUGGAUGAUGAUUACACACAGGACUACCUCUACUAUAAGAUCCCAUGCCCCUGGCUACAAGUGAAGCUUCUGAGGUUAUUGCAAUACUACCCUCCUUCAGACGAUGGCAACGUGCAAAAUAUGAUACGGGAAACUUUACAAAAAACCAUUGACCUAUCAUCUGAUAUGCCUAAGAAUACUCAGCAAAACAAUGCACAGAAUGCUAUUCUAUUCGAAGCUAUCAACUUGGCCAUCCAUAUCGGUACCGAAGCUGGAAUUAUGGUCCAGAUCAUAGUCCGCCUCGGCCGAUUUAUCCAAUCUCGAGAAACUAAUGUGAGGUAUCUGGGUCUGGAAGCGAUGGCCCAUCUUGCCGCAAAAUCAGAUAGUUUAGAGCCUAUCAAAAAGCAUCAGAACACCAUCAUCGCAUCACUGAGAGACAGAGACAUUAGUGUUAAAAGAAAGGCCCUCGACUUGCUGUACAGCAUGUGCGACUCCACUAAUGCCGGAGUCAUCGUAGGGGAAUUACUUAAGUAUCUCCCCAACGCAGAUUACGCCAUUAGAGAGGAGAUGGUGCUCAAAAUUGCUAUUCUGACGGAGAAGUACGCCACUGAGUACCAAUGGUACGUGGACAACUCGCUACGGCUCAUAAGUAUGGCUGGUGAGCAUGUCAGCGACGAAGUUUGGCAGAGAGUUAUUCAAAUCACGACAAACAACGAAGAGCUACAGGUUUAUGCCGCCCAGACUAUUCUUGGACUGGUUAAAGGUCCGCAGUGUCACGAAACCUUGGUCAAGAUAGGAGGUUACUUGCUCGGCGAGUUCGGACAUUUGAUUGCAGACAAUCCAGGAUGCAGUCCGAUUGAGCAAUUCAUGGCGUUGCAAUCGAAAUUCAAUGGAUGUUCUUCGGCCACAAGAGCCAUCAUCCUCUCAGCCUUUGUCAAAUUUGUCAAUCUCUUCCCGGAAAUCAAACCGCAGCUCAUACAAGUAUUCGAGAUAUAUAGCCAUACUCUAGAUUCAGAACUCCAACAACGAGCCUGCGAGUACUUAGCACUGGUAUCAAUGCCCACGGAUGACCUGCUCCGAACAGUAUGCGACGAAAUGCCACCAUUCCCCGAAAGGACAUCUGCAUUACUCUCUAGGUUGCACCAGAAGGCAGCCGCGACAAGCGAUAAGAGGACCUGGGUUAUUGGUGGCAAAGAUGCUAACCUUGAUUCCGCCAACUUUGACUUGAAACUAAAUACGAGUCUCAAACGGUCUUUCACGAACUCUAACGGGACACCCCUAACAGCGAACGGUAGCUCCAGCACUCUAGCAACGGACCUCGCGGGGCUACAAAUCAAUGGCAGCGGUCUAUCUGCCGCAACUCCAGCCCUUAGGCCUACUAACCUUGCAUCCGCAGAACAUCUUAGUCCCGACUGGCAAAUUGGAUUCAAUAGGCUACUGAUCAGAAAUGAAGGAGUUCUAUAUGAAGACGUGCAGAUUCAAAUCGGUUUGCGCUCUGAGUUCCGAGGGCCCAAGGGUAUAGUGAUCCUCUACUUCACUAACAAAUCCUCCUACGCCUAUGGCUCCUUUACAACUACGAUCAACAACCCUUCACGAAACAACCUAAGCUAUACGACACAAAAUAUUCCUGAUCCAAAUAUCGAACCAGAUUCGCAAGUCCAACAGAUGUUAAUCUUCGAGGCGGUUAAUGUGUUUACCGAACCACCAACUAUGAGAGUUUCCUAUUUGGCUGGCGCGCUACAGGCCGUGACGCUGCAAUUGCCGGUUACCUUACACAAGUUUAUGGAGCCUGCAGAGUUGAGCGCGGAUGAUUUCUUCAAGCGGUGGAAGCAGAUCGGCGGCGCGCCAAGGGAGGCGCAGAGAGUAUUUGGAUUACAGGGAAUGGGGAGGAAGAUCGAUGCGGCUAAGACGAGAAGGGUAAUCGAAGGAUUCCGGUGGGGUGUUAUGGACGGUGUCGAUGCGAACUCAAAGAACUGGGUUGGUGCGAGCGUUCUACAUACGCUUCAAGGAGGCAAGUUUGGAUGCCUUUUGAGGUUGGAGCCUAAUUUUGAGACUUCGAUGUAUCGAUUGACGAUUCGAGCUACGGACGAGAACGUGCCGCCGGUAAUCGCCAAGUCGAUGGAAGAACGCUUGGCACAGGGUUUCUUCCCGCAGGAAGUUAUCAACGGACGUUAA